AUGGUUAGUCUAAACAGCAGCUCCAUCGAUUUUUCCUACAACAAUUUAACAGGUCCAGUCCCAAGUAGUACCAUUUUCAAAGAUGCACCUGCAAAAGCUUAUGUUGGAAACUCUAGUUUGUGUGGAGAUGCAGAAGGACUAACUCUUUGUUCCAAAAAGAAAAAGCAUUAUAAUCCGACUCUAUUAGCUGUCCUCAUUCCUGUCUGCGGUCUAUUAGUACUGCUUGCAACCAUUGUUGCUGGACUCCUAAUACGAUACCAGAAGACCAAACUCCUGGUUGAAGAAAAUAAAACAAUUUUAGAGUGUGAGGAGAAGGACGAGUCACUGAUAUGGGGAAGAGAGGGUAAAUUUACAUUUGGGGAUAUCGUGAAGGCCACUGAAAACUUCCAUGAGAAUUAUUGUAUUGGAAAAGGAGGAUUUGGAAGCGUUUACAAAACAGCAUUGUCGACAGGUCAAAUUGUUGCAAUUAAAAGAUUUAACAUGUCACAAUCCAGUAGCAUCUUAGUUGCCAAUCACAAGAGUUUUGAGAAUGAGAUUCACAUGUUGACAGAAGUUAGGCACCGCAAUAUCAUUAAGCUUUAUGGGUUCCGUGCCAGUCGGUGGUGCAUAUACUUGGUUUAUGAAUAUGUGGAGAAAGGCAGUUUGGGAAAUGUACUGUAUGGGGUGGAAGGGAAUGCAGAACUGGAUUGGGGUAGAAGGGUGAAGAUCGUGCAAGGUGUGGCUCAUGCAAUUGCUUACUUGCACCAUGAUUGUUCUCCUCCAAUUGUGCACCGAGACAUAACGGUGAACAACAUCUUGCUGGAGUUAGAGCUCGAACCGCAGCUCUCAGAUUUUGGCAUUGCUAGAUUGUUGAGUUCAAAUACAACUAACUGGACAACAAUUGCUGGGUCUUAUGGCUACAUGGCUCCAGGUAAGCUAACAAUCUAGUUUCUAGAUUUUUGUUUUAGGAUAGACUUUAAUAAUUAUGAAAAUAGUUUUUAAAAGAAAGGUAGCUGUUUGAGUAAUGGAGUAGGAUCGGGUCCCUGAAAUUCCCUCUUGAAUUCCUUAGAAUCGAGAAAAGAAAUUUCAGGGGAUCCUUAUUUAGUGGAGUAUGAGAAACCCUUCAAAGAAGAAAGAGUUUCUAAUAUUAGGAAUUGUUUAUCUUAUCCUUAUAUGGAUGUCGAUUUUGUUUUAUGGAU